CCAUUUUAGCCACAUAGGUGGCUGGACGCAAACGGGACGCGAUUAUUUAGGGGUGGUUGUUUUUUUUUUCGUUAGCUCACAGGUUAUUCAAUUCCGUUUUUACUUUCUUUGCCAACUGAAAGGGAAAAGAUUCUUUCAUUCUUUCUUUCAAACUGAAAAUCAGGACACCCAAAGGAGGGCUAGCAGGAGGAGCUAGCUGCUAAAGCUAACCGCCCCAGAUCUCAGUCCUUUCUCCACAGAACCAGCAUCAACAGAAUCUACAAUCAAAUCUCUUAAAAUGAGUGCUGCUGCAUCCCAAAAAGUAGUGCUGAAAAGCACCACCAAAGUGUCUCUCAAUGAGCGCUUCACUAACAUGCUGAAGAACAAGCAGCCUACUGCGGUAAGCAUUCGAGCCACGAUGCAACAGCAGCAUUUGGCUAGUGCCCGCAAUCGCCGGCUGGCCCAGCAGAUGGAGAACCGCCCCUCAGUCCAAGCAGCUCUAAAUCACAAGCAGAGCCUAAAGCAGCGCCUGGGUAAAGGCAGCAUCCAAGCCAGACUGGGCCGGCCUGUCGGGGCACUAAUGCGUGGAGGACCUGCCGGGAGCCGAGGCGGCAUGCGGGGAAUGACCAGAGGAGGAUUCAGAGGAGUCAGAGGAGGAAUCCUUCGAGGGGGUUUGUCCCUGAGGGGGAAGCGAAUGCUUGCAGGCGGACCGAUGCGAGGCCGCGGGAUGGCAAACCGCCUGCCAAUGCGUAGAGGAGGCCGCUACCGUGGAGGACCUGCUGGACGAGGAGGAAUGAUGAUGAUGAGAGGAGGAGGUCGAGGAGGAGUAGCUAGAGGUCGUGGUGGACUUCGUGGUCGAGGGGGGUUUGCCGGUAGAGGAGGCCGCGGUCGUGGACGGGGCAGAGGAAGCGGUCGGCCGGCAGUAACUCGUGAACAGCUGGACAACCAGCUGGAUGCUUACAUGUCAAAGACCAAAGGUCACCUGGACGCAGAGCUGGAUGCCUACAUGGCUCAGGCAGACCCAGAGAGCAUGGAGUGACGGACUGAGGGGGCUGCUUAGCUCAAGUCGGGGGGGGUAGUUUAGUGUUCGAUGGCGGCGCUGAUGGAGGAAGCAGAUCGCCAUCAAACUCUGAGAGAGCCGCCUGUUGAAAGAACCUUUUCAUUGUGGUGUAGUCCUGAUGUCUACAGAACUCCAUCCAUCUUUGGCAGCAUCUUUUUCUUUUAAAGUCACGACUGUCUCAGAUUUAUAAAGUUCCUGGUCUGUGAUCCAGGAGAUGUCAGCCCUGUGAAAACUUUUUAUUAUUUUGGAAAUAAUUUUACUGUUUAUCUGCUCAGACCCUUGAAGCAGGUUCUUUGACUUUAGCACAUUCAUUGACAAACAUUGUUGGAAUAAUUGGUUUAAACAUAGAAAGGAGCUUAAUUUUUCUUUCUUAUUUUAUAUUUCAAGAAAACUUUAUUGUGAAACAUUUAUAUUCCCCCUGAAGCAAAAGGUUUGUUUUAAAUAAAAUCUGUUAAGUAUG